UUUGCAUGCAUAGAACAUACGUAACGCCGACCGCGAGAGCUUGCAGAGAGUUCACACAGGAGAGGGAUUAGGAAGAUGUCGUCCAAGCAGGACAGGCAGGAGCUCGACCGCCGCGCACAGCAGGGCGAGACGGUGGUCCCUGGCGGCACCGGCGGCAAGAGCCUCGAGGCCCAGGAGCACCUCGCCGAGGGAAGGCAAAAAGGAGGGGAAACGAGGAAGCAGCAGCUGGGUCAGGAAGGGUACCAAGAGAUGGGCCGCAAGGGCGGGCUGAGCACCACCGACGAGUCGGGCGGAGAGAGGGCAGCUCGUGAGGGCAUCCCGAUCGACGAGUCCAAGUUCAGGACCAGGAGCUAAGUUAAAAUCAAGGGACAAGAUAGGGAGAUGUCUAGGGUUUGCAACGUGUCUGGUUUUUUUUUUUGUCUUUGCCAGUUCAAGGAGCGCAGCGUUUUUGGUUCUUGUGUAUUUGCGCUUCUUGAUCACGUAGGGCGACCGCCGUAGGUACUCGUGUACUUUCUUUUUCCGCCUUGUUUGCUGCAGUGAUGUUAUGAAGGUUCUUGCCUUCGAA